UUUGAUUUUUGUUAAAAGUUUAGCAGCUGAGUUUUUAUAUCAGCAGCCAACUAAUAGUUUUUGGUGAGACGUGUAAAAAAGGCUGUUGCUGUAGUCUGGGUGUAGAAAAAUAAAAGCAACUGAUUUUAUGUUAUAUGAGGCAAUAAUACGUUAUAGAUUAGGCUAUGUUGACGUUUCCUCGCCUUAGAAGGCUAUAAAAAAGCAGGUGUAGUGAAGUGAUCAGUAACUGAACAUUUCCUCAUCAUUAACGGUCUGUGAUGACACAGAAACCCCCACAUAACACAGAGCCGGAUGAAAGUGAAAGUUUUCAGUACCAGAACUUCAGCAGAGAAACAACAUGUCAUCGUCAAGAGCAACCCAACUUGUUUCGUAUAAUGGUGAAGCAGACCUGAGGAUCGUACUUACUGGAAAAACUGGAGUGGGAAAGAGUGCAACAGGAAACACCAUCUUAAGAAGGAAUGCUUUUCUUUCCACCACCUGUCCUUCAGUAACAUCAGAGUGUAAGAAGGAAAUAGGAGAGUUUGAGGGUCAAACUCUUGCAGUAAUUGAUACUCCAGGUUUGUUCGAUACUUCUACAUCUGAAGACAACAUAAAAAGAGAGCUGACAAGAUGCCUCUUUUAUGCUGCUCCGGGUCCUCAUGUGUUCCUCAUUGUGAUCCAACCGAACAGAUUUACUCCAGAAGAACAAGAAACUGUAAAAAUAAUUCAGGAGGUUUUUGGAGAACUAGCAGCAGAUUACACCAUGGCCCUGUUCACCCAUGGAGAUGAUCUGAAAGCAGAUGGUGUUUCCAUAGAAACGUUCAUUAACAGAAAUCAAGAUCUUCGUGGCUUCAUCCAUCAGUGCAGGGGAGGAUAUCAUGUCUUCGACAACAGAGACGAAGAUGUUUCUCAGGUCAGAGAGCUGCUGAACAAGAUAAACAGAUUGGUGCUGAGAAAUGGAGGAAGAUAUUUUACCAAUGAAAUGAUAAGAAACAUUGAGAGAGUUAGAAAUGAGGUUAUACUUGGCAUACAGAGACAAAAUAGAGGUAUGGAGAUUGAAGAAGCAAUAAGACGGGCAGAAGAGAGCUAUGCUAGGGAGGUUGCCUUCGGUAAGAUGACGGAAGCAAGAAGAAAUGCAGCAGAAAACUAUGCUAGAGGCUAUGCCUUUGGUAUGUUGGAAGGAAGGAGCCAUGGAGCAGGAAGCUCUACUAGCAGGCAGACAGCAGACAGCUAUGAUGCUGGCGUUAUCAUGAGCAUUUUUACAACUUCUGGUGCUGCUAUUGGAGCUGUAUUAGGAGGCACGAUAGGAGCUGCAGCAGGAGCAGCAGUGGGAGCUGCUGCAGCUGUAUUAACAAGGAACAAUUGCACUAUUCAGUAAUGAUGUGUAUUAAAUACUAUGUGGCCACAUCUCAUUAACACCACAUUAACAUCGAAACAUAAGAAGAUAACCACAGUAUGUUGUUUUCAUUUGUUCAUAUAAGUUUUAUGGCUUUUAACUGUAUUCUGGUUCUUUUUUAAAGUUUGAAUUUUAUUAGCAUUGAAUUAUCUCUGUGUUGGACUCUGUUUACUCACAAACUGUUUUGUUCUCAUUGUCGCAGAUUCGUGUCUUAACCCUGUAAAAAAAUGUCAUUUUAAAGCUGUUGAUCAAUCUGUACCUGAGUCAUUCUAUGAAACGGCCAUUUCUACUUUGGAAUUUAAAAAAUUUCAUUAAGGGCAAAAAUUAUUUUUAAAAGUCCACAAUAUAAAAGAUCCAUUAACUCUGCAAAGAAAAACACAUUUUACCACCUCAGUUAUAAAAUACUUUUUAAUUUUACCUGUAAUAUUAUUAUUACCUAUGUUUAUUCAGACCCAGGGGUCAUUCUUGUACCACACCGUCACAGACAAUAUGCACACAAUUUGACCAAGAAUACAUAAAAAAAUAAAAUAAAAUUUGUGUGUUUUCCUACCAGUAAAUUUUCCUUUAUUGAAUAUUAAUAGUUAACUAGAAAAAGCUGUUAUUAGCAUAACAGCAUGUGUGAAUGCUGUCAUGCUGAAUGAUUAGACUGAAAUGCUUAAAGAUGCUGAAGAUGGUUGAAAAGAGUUGUUGAAAAAGUAUUUAUUAAGCUGAAGUGAAAAGUUGAAGGAUUUAAAGCUCAAACUGGAGUUAAAAUGUGCUGAAAGGCUGAAAGGUUGAAGUGAA